GCUCGGGCUGCUGAGUGUGCAAGGCCAUCGGGACCGAGCAUCGAGGGGGGCCCGACCCUAUAAAAGCACAAGAGUGGGGCUCUGCCCCGUCAUUGAUUAUACUGGAUCUGUCUCGCCUUAUCACCGUCUGUCCAUUUGUUCAGAGUCAAAACGACGACGGCCGCAGCAACCAUGAACACUCAGCAGCUGGAGCAAAUGGGCCAGUUCAAGGUCACCGUGUGGGAGGAGGAGAACUUCCAGGGAAAGCGCUGCGAGUUCAUGCUGGAGUGCCAGAACAUCAUGGAGAGAGGCUUCAACAAGAUCCGCUCCAUCAAGGUCGAGAACGGACCAUGGGUGGGUUACGAGUACCCUGAGUUCCAGGGGCAGCAGUUCAUCCUGGAAAAAGGAGACUACCCUCGCCACGAGGCCUGGAGCGGAAAUAGCAGCUACAGAACCGAGCACAUUCUUUCUUUCAGACCCAUUAAGUGUGCUAACCACAGUGACAGCAAGGUGACUCUGUACGAGAGCGAGGACCUCCAGGGUCGUAAAUUCGAGGUGUGCGAUGACUACCCCUCUCUACAGGCCAUGGGUUGGUGUACCAAAGAGGUUCCUUCCAUCAAAGUCAACUCGGGGGCCUGGGUGGCGUAUCAGUUCCCUGGUUACCGAGGUUACCAGUACAUCCUGGAGAGAGACAAACACCAAGGCGAGUACAAAAACUACAACGAGUUCAGCACCCAAGCUCACACCAAUCAGGUGCAGUCCAUCCGGAGAAUCCAGCACUAGACUCCGGAAAAGCAGAAAAACUGACUCCUUUCCUCACCUCCGACCCGGACUGGGCUCCGACACGGAACAGUGGACGCCCUGGGUCGUUCCAUCUCACUGUGGCUCGACACGUACCAAUAUCCCAGUACCUACUUCUUUUAGCGUGCUGAAGCAUGUUUGUGGAAAUACGAAA